AUGAAGAACAUUUCCUGCUUGUCCCAGCUGCUUCUUGUUUGCGUGGCUGCGCUGCAUCUGCACACCCACGCAUCCCAGGAGGAUGCGCUGACAGCCUUCAUCUCAUCCAGGAGGAAUGGCGAGAUCAGCUCUUCCGGCGCGUUCAAAGCGCGUAACAUAGCUGACAGGGUUGCCAGCAGCCUGAAUGCUGCCAAGGACAGAUCCACAGUCUCGCACAAGGCGGCUGAUAAGAUCCGGGCGUUGCCGGGCCAGCCGCAGGGCGUCGACUUCGACCAGUACGGCGGCUACGUCACCGUCGACGAGGACAACGGCCGUGCGCUCUUCUACUACUUCGUCCAAGCACCUUCCUCCGGUGCUGCCGAAAAGCCACUCCUCCUCUGGCUCAGCGGAGGUCCAGGAUGCUCUUCACUCGGCUACGGGGCAAUGCAAGAACUCGGCCCCUUCCGUGUAUCGUCCCAGGACAACAAAAAGCUCAUCAGGAACCUGAACGCAUGGAACUCCGUGGCUAACGUCAUCUUCCUGGAGUCACCCGCCGGUGUUGGGUACUCCUACUCCAACACGUCUGCCGACUACGAUCUCAGCGGAGACCAGAGAACGGCUGAUGAUGCGUAUAUUUUUCUGGUGAAAUGGCUGGAGAGGUUUCCAGAGUUCAAGAACCGAGCGUUCUACAUCUCUGGGGAGAGCUACGCCGGCCAUUACGUGCCGGAGCUCGCAGCCACAAUCCUGCUCCAUAACACCUACAACAACAGGACCAUUGUGAACCUGAAGGGCGUCCUGGUUGGAAAUCCGUAUCUUGACGACAACAUUAAUAGUAAGGGGAAGAUCGACUUCUUCUGGGCCCAUGGGGUGAUGUCGGAUGAGGUCUAUGCUAAUGUCACCAAGCACUGCAACUUUGACAGCGCGGUGGAGACACCCUCUUCAGAGGCGGCAUGCAACGACGCUUUCGAUGUCUUCGAUAAAGGCGAAAUUGAUUCCUACAACAUCUACGCUCCAGUUUGCCUUGAAGGGCCUAAUGGAAAGUAUUACCCGAGUUCCAAUUUUCCUGGGUAUGAUCCAUGCAGUGAUAUUCCUACCGAAGCCUACCUCAAUGAUCCGGCAGUGCAGAAUGCUUUCCACGCUAGAGCGACAAAGUGGGAAGGCUGCUCUGGUGAUUUUGAUUCUGUGUGCCCCCUUCAUGCGACGAGACGCGCUGUCCUAGACCUUGCCCUUCCUGUCACGACUCCAUGGCGCCCAUGGACUGCAAAGGAGGAGGUGGGAGGAUAUGUUCAGCAGUACGCCGGUGGAUUCACAUUUCUUACUGUGCGAGGAGCUGGUCAUAUGGUUCCAUCCUUCCAGCCAGAGAGAGCCUUGAUAAUGUUGAGCUCUUUCCUCAAUGGGCUGCUACCAGCUUAG